AUGAGUGUGAUCACUAAAUAUUUUUAUUCCAAGGUGCUGCGGGUCUUCAGAGAUCUGCAUAAGACAAGAAGACAUGUUUUUAAAGAUGAUGACCGAGCUCUGACAGCUGCCAGGUUAAAAAUAAAUGAUGAAUUCCAAAAAAACAAGAAUGAAACGUCAGAGGAAAAUAUCAAAGAGAUGCUCAAAAUGGCCCGAGCGGUUGAAACCAUCCUUCGUGAAAAUGUGAUACAAGGAGAGCAUGUGGAGCAAAAUAAAAUAUUGUUACGUCCCCGUGAGAGUCUCCUGCUGGACAAUGUGCCUUACUCUGAUACACCCAGAAACAAGACACGGCCCUGAUUCACUGUCAUUGAUACGGCUCACCCAUUUUUCAUUUGCACUGUAAUAUCACACAGUGGCCAUAACAGCAUAACUUUAAUAACUUGUACAGUAUGUUGGAGCAGCGCUGAUGUGAUCA